AUGGGGCCAGUGCCAUUGCCGUUCAACAGCGACAACGCCGGCGGCGACGACGUGCCGGCGGUGGAUCCAGGCCUGCUGGAGGAGUACGAGAGCAUCAUCUCCUCGCUGCCGAGCAACCCCAAGCAGCGGCUGCGGUGCUACCAGGGCGCGUGGGUGCAGAGCUCGUGGGUUCCGGGGAUCAUCGCCAUCCAGCGCGGCCGCGGCUUCGCGCCGCGCCGCGGCGACGUCGUCCUCGCGAGCCCGCCCAAGUGCGGCACCACGUGGCUCAAGGCGCUCGCCUUCGCCACCAUGGCGCGCCGCGCGCACCCUCCCGCGGCCGACGAGCGCCGCCGCCGUCAUCCGCUCCUCCGCCUCAACCCGCACGACUGCGUCCCGUUCAUGGAGAAGCUGUUCGCCGCCGGGCUGGGGAGCAGGAUGGACGCGCUGCCGUCGCCGAGGCUCAUGGCCACGCACAUGCACCACUCCAUCCUCCCCGCCUCCAUCGCCGGCAACCCCGGCGGCAAAAUCAUCUACAUAUGCAGGGAUCCAAAGGACAUGCUGGUCUCCAUGUGGCACUUCGCCAGAAGAAUCCUGCCGGAGCUUCCAUUCGCCGACGUGUUCGAGCUCGCCUGCGAGGGGCGCUGCCUGAGCGGGCCCAUCUGGGACCACAUCCUCGGCUACUGGAACGCGAGCAAGGCGAGCCCGGAGACGGUGCUGUUCCUGAGGUACGAGGAGAUGCUGCGCGACCCCAUCGACGGCGUCAGGAGGCUGGCCCGGUUCGUCGGGCAGCCGUUCUCGGCCGCCGAGGAGGACGCCGGCGUCGCGGAGGACAUCGUCGGGCUGUGCAGCUUCGACAAGAUGAGAAACCUGGAGGUCAACGUGCCGCCGCCGCCGGCGGCUGUACAGUACGGCGGCAGGUUCGCGAACGACUCGUUCUUCAGGAGAGGGGUUGCGGGAGAUUGGGUGAACCAUAUGACACCGGAGAUGGCAGCACGUCUCGACGCCAUCAUGGAAGAGAAGCUUAAUGGAUCAGGCCUCUCUUUCUCCUGAUCUGGAUGGUUGUUUAUAUAUACUUCUCAUAAUUCAUAAAUAAACACCCCUAUCUUUUUAUUCAUGAUUAUUAAGUUUCGACUUGUAAUCGA